UCGAUCUCCCCGUCCUUCUGCGUCUCCUGCUCCUCGACCGAACCUGCUCACCAUGUCGCUCGCAACCAUCGAUGCCCUCGCCGAGCAGCUAGUGCAAAUGGGAUUUCCCAAAGCCAGGGCCGUGCAGGCCCUCGGCAAGACCAACAACAACAUGGAUGCGGCCGUGGACCUUCUCCUUUCGGACAACGACGAUGCUCCUCCGCUCUCGGCGACAACCACACCGGCCCCUGGCCAGUAUUCGAAUGCCUUCAGCCCUGCACCCGCAGUCCAUAAUGCCUGGAAAUGUCGCAACGGCAUCACCGUCCACGACUUUUUCAUCUCCUACCGGGUUUCGUCCGAGAGCAACGUCGCCAACAAGCUGGCCUUGAGUCUCCAGUCGAGCCGCUUCGUCAACUGCCUAACGAUGUACGCUUCUGGAGCAUCGGUCCAACUGCCUCACGCCUAUCUCGAUGCCAACUGCCUAGCCUAUGGGAAAGCGUGGGAAGAUGGCUUUUUGAAGGGGCUGGCCAACUCGAGAAUCGCCGUUUUGCUCAUCAGCAACAAGGCGCUCGAGAGUAUCCUGGCCAACUCUGGGGACGACAAUCUGCUGCUUGAGUGGGAGUUUGCUGUGAACCUGUGGCUCCAGGGCAAGAUCGAGAUCAUCCCGCUCUACGUGGCCGAGAGCGGCGAGGGUUACAUCAAGAUGUUCACCCACCCCCGCCUCGACCAGUUCCCGGACGAGCUGCACAAUCAUCCACGCAGUCCCCACACCAAAACCAUUCGGCAGGUCAUGGAGACUAUCUUUUCCAUCCAGAGCAUCCACCACAUCUCAAGCGACAUCGACAGCACCCUCGAUCAACUUGCCAAGAUCUUUACCGAUGUCCUUGGUCGCCAAAAACAACUCCAGCAACUCCAGCAACCUCAACAGCCUCAGCAAUCCCAGCAACCUCAGCAACCGCUGCAAACCCAGCCCCCCACGCCGCCUCCCACCACCAUCGCCAAGUUUGAUACUGUGCCAAACGCGAUGCCAGCUGCAGCUCCUCGGUGUGUGGUAGCGCCCUUCCAGUUUUUCCCGGGAGAGCCCAUGGAGUUCCUGGAUGCCACGUAUGAGCAUCUCACGCCCCUGGGCCGUCGUGUCUUCGACUCCGUCUUCAACGCCUUGGAUGCGACGAUCUAUCCCCAAAACACUGGGUAUCUGGAGUCCACCAAGACACUGGCAUUUCGAACGAUUUUGGCGCGUGGUUAUGAAUCCAUCGCGGAGAAGCUCAAGACAAGCACAGAUCCGGAUGUCCAGUUCGCAUACUUUUCAACCCUCGGUGCUGAGUGCACCCGAAUCCCUACCAGCUAUCCGUACCACAACCUUGGCUAUGCGCUCACGCGAACUGGAUUCCACCGAUUGCUUGUGGUGACCCUCAACUCGGUCGAUAGGAACAACUUCCUCAUACAGCUCAGAAACGUACUUAAGCACUUUGAUCUUGACAUUCCAAUCCAGAUUUCAAUGUUUCCCCCAAUUCGAUCAAUGAAGUUUACGACCAUAUAUAUCAGAGCCGUCACUUUGCAGCAGAAAAUGAUCACCGAGCGCGAGAAGGCCCAGACAGCACCCUGGUCCAAGUAGUCUCGACCGCGUCGGAAGCUCAACGGCCCAUGGCGAUAUGCUACCGCAUAUAGCUUUUGCGUACGAAGCGCUUGGGGCACCAGGCUGAUCCAUCAGGAGGAGUUGGGUUGGGACACAUUGUAUAUUGCAAAAAUU